AGUUCUUUGUAAAUUUUAACAAGAGUGAAGCCCUGCACACUACUUCAGGAUCACCUCAUUGCUAUGCAGUAAUUCUCCCUAGUUUGCCACAAAGGUAGCCAAAAAUGUGUUUAAUUGACAAGCCCUGGUUUAUUUUGAGUGUCGCCAUUAAUUUCAUGAUAAUCUAUAACAGGUUGGCAAAUAUGUCAUGUAGUUUUGGAUACUGGAUGCAUAUUUACAAUGUUCCCUUGUUUAUUGUUGUUCCCCAACGGUAUCAUUGUUCUGAACAAAAAUAGUUCUCUUAUAUUUUAUGGUUUGCCCGUGUUUGAAUUGCUCUAUAUUUAGGUGUUUGUGGUACUUAUGCUGGAGCUGAUGGCUAAAAGACUAAAACGUUUGAGACUUUAAUCCCUCAUGCUGCAACCUCUUGUAGGGAGGCUUAAGACUGUUUUGAUCUCUCUGUUGAGCAACUGACUGCUCCGUCUGCAGGUCCACUCUUAACGCCGUUUCACUCAGCUAUGAGAUUAUCAGUUCGCUCAGUGUACUUCCUGACUCAGCGGUGGUGGAACAGUCCUCUUACGUCCUGCACACAAGGAAGAUGAAUAAUAAUACGCAGGAUACUGCAGUGCUUCAGCACAUUGAGAGGGAGGUACGCAUGCGUGAAGGAGCUUGCAAGCUACUGGCAGCAUGUUCCCAAAGAGAGCAGGCCCUGGAGGCCUCCAAGAGCCUCCUAACCUGCAAUACCCGCAUUCUGGCCUUGCUCAGCCAACUACAGAGGAUGAGGAAAGUACAAAUCCUACAAAGUGUGGGAUGCAGGCCAUCUGACGAUCUGGUGCCAUGUACAGGAAAAGUAGCACUUUCAGACCUGCGAAUCCCCCUCAUGUGGAAAGACUCAGAGUACUUCAAAAACAAAGGAGAACUACAUCGCUGUGCCGUAUUCUGCCUGAUCCAGUGUGGCACAGAGAUCCAUGAAACUGACCUGGUGAUGGUAGACAGGACAUUAACUGACAUCUGUUUUGAAGACACUAUAAUAUUCAACGAGGUAAGUCCAGGGUUUCAGCUUCGCGUUGAGCUGUACAGCAGUUGCGUGGUCGAUGAAUUCUCCCCUGGGGCCAUAGGAUCCUGGAGAGUGAGCCGUCUGGGGGGCUCUUUGGGAUGCUCCUCUGGGAAAAAGAUCCGUGCUGCAUUCGAGUCUGCAGCUGUUUGCGGAUCCAUUUCCAGUGGAGAUGUAAGAUCCGGAAGCGUGCCACCAACAUUAUCACCUGACCUGUUGGCACUGGGACCUAAGUAUAACCUUUUGGCUCACACAACCCUGAGAAUUGAGCAUGUCCGGGAAGGUUUCAAAACGCACGAUUUAUCACUUUCAGCGACAGAGGAUAAUCCAUUCUGGUUGCCUUUGUACGGAAGUAUGUGUUGUUGCUUAGUUGCUCAGCCUCUGUGCAUGAUUCAGCCAGUGAUAAGUGGCCAAAUCAAAAUCAAGGUGACAGAAUUUUUUUUUUUAAUUGUUCAAUAUUGUUAUUCAUUUAUCAUUAUUAUUCACAUUAUGACUUUUCUCACUGCUCUUGCUCAGCUCAGCUCAGAAGAGGACUGUAAUUAUUCUGAAACUGUCUAUGGUGUCCUCAAGAGGCAAGCCCUUCUCUGUUAUCAAAGUCAAGAAGGCCUGGAGUCUGAGGACAAUCCCUUGCUUGAGAUUCCAAUCACAAAGGAUACCGUUGUCUGUAUGUCUGACAGAGAUCCUGCCAAUUGCCAGAAAAUAUACAUCAAUACACAACGCCAAAGGGAGGACAUAACUUAUGUGCUUACCACAUGCACACUUGAAGACACACAGCACUGGAGGAAGGCCCUCUGUCAGCACAUCUAUAGCAUGAGCCAUUGGAAACAGUGCUGUGACAACCUCAUGAAGAUACAAAUGCCGAGCUCCAGGAAAUCAGUAAUGACGAAGCAGGGAUCUCUAUACCAUGAAAUAGCGACACCCUCCUCGCCCAGAAAGCAAACUGAGGUUCCAGAUUUAUCUACUGAUAUCCGCUCUUUGCUCUCUACAUACUACAAGGAAAGUUAUUGAUCACCCUGCCAAGGACACUGGGAAAGAGCGAAACACACUUCUCAGCAGCCCAAUUCUGGUUACCUUGCCCGGUCAAGGAGUUGGAGAAGGACAUGAUAAUUGGUGGUCUUUCAUGAUUUGGAAGGUCACCAGAAUUACUCAACUAUGCUUACUUUUUCAUGCUACUCCUGAAAGAAUCCAAACUGUUUAUCCAACAACAAUAGCUAGCAUUUUUUGGAGUCGAGGUGAUAUAAUGAGAUUCCACUCUAAUUUUGAUUCCAUUUACCUUGGCCCCUUAUCUUUAGUUACUGUGAUAAACAUGAAAAUAUCCAUUUAUUAGGCACCCACUGGGAUAAAAUCAUGUCUCACUAAUUUGAGUAUCAUGUGCAGCAACAUGUGCAUUUAUAUUUUCGCUUGGUUUUAUUGUUACACAGGAAGACAUGCGUUAAAUUUUAGUUGUACUAAUGGGGAUUAACAAUAGCAUUGUGCUAUUAUAGAAAAUAGCAGAAGUAGUCUGGCAUAUUUCUACUGAGUCAUAAGGCAAAUACUCUAGGAGGAAAAUCUUUUUACUGUAAAUCAAGAGCACACCUUACAUUGUCUACAAAUAUUUUCACUGAUGUUAUGCUUGUUUUGGCCACACCUCUUGGAAGCAUAUAAAACUCUACACUUCCAGUCAACAUCCUGUGGAACAAGAAAAAGGUCAUUAGUAUUCGUGGAGAAAGCAGGUAGGAAUCAGAGAAGGGUUUCUCAGAAGUUUGUCACUGGGUGUGCCUUAAUGCUAAAGAGGACGUGUGAGAAUGCAAUAAGCGAUUAGCGCUAAUCUAAUCUGUUAUCUGGAGAUGCCAAGGAUGCACAGAAUCCUUCGAGGCCUCACGUCAUGAUCAGGAAUUGCUAAAAUCUUAUCUUAUGUUAAGUAUUGUGUUUUAGUAUUUUGUUUUCGCCUUGCUUUGUGAAAAAAGAAACUUGAAAAUUCAUGGAUGACAAAAACAAUUACAUUUCAUUAUUAAAAAAUAUAAUUUUGAUUACAGAGCUUGAGCAUACUAGAUAACAAUUAGAGAUAAGACAUUAUUUUGGUAAUUUUUAUUUAUGGCAAUUGUGACAUGAACCUUACACUGGAUGGUGGUCUAAUAAAUUUGUUGAAUUCUGUACGUUAUCAUAAAGGACUUUUAAACAAUUUGUAAAUGUAAAGCUAAAAAUACACUGUGUGCUUUAUUUGAAUUAAUACAAAUUUCCUUAUAAAUUAUGAAUCUGAAAGUGAACUUUUGAGAUAACUUAGUUUGUUCUUGAUACCAGUGCACACGUUUGAGGAUGUGAAGCACAGUGCGUUCCACUCUUUAAAUAGAAUAUGUGUAACACGGAAGCACGAAAUUACAUUUGGCUCGAGGGUUUCCUGGGCUAGUACUCCUGUCAACAGCUUUUACAUAAGAAAAAAGCUAUUUUUGAUCAACCUGUCCAGGGUGUACUCUGCCUCUUGGCCUAUGACAGCUGGGCUAGUCUCUGACCCUGGGUAAUUGGAAGAAAAUGGAUAAAUGGAUAGACAACACACGAGUAUUAUAUGAUUAUUUUAACCCAUACAAAGGCCCGGGUU